AUGUCUUUUCCCCUUUCCCUGUAUCCGUCCAUCCGGCAGAUUCGUAUUUUCGAUCUCGGCCGGAAGCGUGCCUCCGUAGACGAGUUUCCUUUCUGCUGCCACCUAGUCUCGGAUGAGUACGAGCAGCUUUCAUCCGAAGCUCUGGAGGCUGCCCGGAUCUGCGCCAACAAGUAUGUCACAAAGACCUCUGGCAAGGACUCGUUCCACCUCCGUGUCCGUGUGCACCCCUUCCAUGUCCUCCGUAUCAACAAGAUGUUGUCAUGUGCUGGAGCCGAUAGGUUCGUCACUUCACUUGAUUUGCCUCGCAUUCUCCCAUCUAUGGGUGGGCGCCCAUAUGUUGGAUUGGUAAUCGAACCAUACGUGAUUGGUAAUGACCUUCAUUCCAGGUUGCAAACUGGCAUGCGUGGUGCUUGGGGAAAGCCUUACGGCACUGUCGCACGUGUGAAUAUCGGACAGAUCAUCCUGUCUAUCCGGUGCAAAGAUUCCAAUGCACACGUCAUCCAAGAAGCUCUCCGUCGUGCACGUUACAAGUUCCCUGGUCGUCAGAAGAUCAUUGUCUCGAAGAAGUGGGGAUUUACAAAUGUGGCUCGUGAGGAGUAUAUGAGACUCAAGGAAGAGAAGAGGGUGUUGCAGGAUGGUGCUUAUGUACAAUUCAUCCGCCCGAGGGGACCUUUGGAAGCGAACCUCCGAGCACAACUCAAGGCGUGA